AUGAAAGAUCCAGGCAGGAUCAAAGAUGGAGUGGUCCCAUCAGUCUCAUCAAUUUCCCCAUCAAAUGGGUGCUCACCGCCUUCCUAUAUAAUGCCUGACAUCAAGAACACAGCUGCCACCUCCAUUGAGAACAUCUGCAUUCUAACUGGGUCCUCUGCAUCUCUGUCUUCUCCAGGGCAGACUCCAAGUGAUCCCCAGGUUCUGCUGGGGAAGUCCAUGCCUGGGUCCCGUUUGAGGGAAGUGGGGAAAGACCCAAAGCAGAGAGCAUCUCUUGGAGUCCAAGUCAAUGAGAAAGAUCUUGGAAAUGCAUCAUGCAGAGGUUUAUUGAAGACAAGGGAGGUCAAAGGAAAAGGAAUGAAGAAUGGGAAAACAGGGAAGACCAGUUUGCCUUUCAUUGAGGAAAGAAUUGAUUUGCUGUCACCAAGAAGUGUUGGUGACUCUGUACAGACAAGCAACAUUGGAUUCAAGGUUGUCAACCAUGGAAAUAUGAAUGGAAGUUUGGCUGGGGGCAGCAAGAAAAGCUAUACUUUUGAUGCUAGCCGGGAAACAUCCUCUUCCAAUGGAACUGAACCAAAAGUUCUCAUUUCCAUACCAGUAUCUGAUGUGGAGUCUGUAGGUUCAAAAAGUUACUUUACAUCUGCUGAGGAGAUUCAGCAGAUAGCCCUGAAUCUUCAGAAUAUAACAUCUACAUCACUUUCUCCUCUCCCAUCAUUUCAGUCUGUCAUGGCCAGCACCAAUGCUAGUAAGUUACAUGAAAAUUCAACACAUCAAAAAAUGAUGAACCGUCCUGACAGCAAUUGCAAAGCGAAUGCCACUCUGAAUGGGAAGACCAGGAACGUGUCCCCAGAUAAUCGUUUUCAACCAUCUAUUAAGAAUGGAGGAGCCAUUCUCUUUGACAACAAUGGGAUCCUGUACACUUCCAACUCAGGGCACUCAAUGUCAUCAGAGAGUAGCAAAGUCAUCCCCUCUUGCCUGCCUUCCAUUGUCUUACCUCCUAUUUCUUCAGUUCCUCAUGACAUCACUUUUCCCUUGCCAUCAGGCACGCUGUCACCCUUCCUGGAUGGUGCAACCUCUUUCAGUGACAUUGCAAGUUUUGCAUCCAUGCCAACAUCUCAAGCAUUUUUCUCACCUGCAAGCAAGCAAGCCAAAGAAUCUUCAAACAAUCGCGAUUCCAGUAUUCCAGAUCAUGGAAAUGCAACUGGAGGUCAAGACUCAAGGAUCAAAGCUGUAAGGCCUCCAUUUCAUGAAGAAACCAUGAAGAGACUAGGAGGUCUUGAUAAUGUUGUCCUGACAACCUCAGAACCCUGUGUUAUGGUGAGCAAAGGUAGUGAUGGUGCUAAGGGCCUUAGCUUUCUCUCAAGUCAAUCUCUUCAGAACCCUGUGAAAGCUCCACAGACAUCAUUCUACCAUGUAGUGCUUAGUCAGGACUCCUCUGGCAAGCUCCAGGGUGGCAUGACUAAUGUGAUUGCCAAUGAUAGCUCAGGUACUUCUGUGAGCAUUCCCAUAACAAUUGCCCUGGAUAGUAUGAAUCAGUUGUCAUCAGAGAUGACAUGCUCAUCUGGCAAAGUCAUUCCUAUCUCCCCUAAGCCAGCUGGGCUGGCUGGAUCCACAGAAGCUACCUCCAAGCAGGCAAGAAGGGUAUUGGUUCCUCGAGAAAAUCCAGAAAUGGAACAGAGUAAAAGCCAUCAGAGGCCUCAAAAAGCCACAAAGACACAAGUUUUUCACUCAAGGGGAGCCAAGGUUAGGAGGAUGGCUGAGAAAUCUACCCCAUCUGGAAGUACUGACUCCAAUGGAGUGAUGGAUGAUGGUACUAACAUGUCACAAUCUCUGGUUGAAACUUCACAGAAUCAUUCUAGUACCAUGGUCCGACAUCCCAUCAAGGUGAAACAGCAUUUCAUCCCUUUGAAAUGUGUACCUCAGUCCAGGACUGAAACGCUGGAGAGCCCUGAGAAGCAAGUGAUGAUGCCAAAUUUUAAAUUUUUGCCUUCAAAGAAUAACACAGAGUGUGGGGAGAAGCUGAAGAAGUUAAAUGACUCAGAGAAAAAUCAAUCUGUGACAGAAUUGGAGCCCGUUGGUGUUCAUUUCAGUGAUGCAUCCCUACCGUCCAUUUUGGCAUUCAAUCCUGUUCUGCUGACAAAUGUCAAUGGUGUUAAUCAUGCAGGUGCCGAAACAGCUGUCAUAUCUGUGUGUGAGUCCCGAUCAACACACCAUAUGGACUCAUCACAACCUUUAAUGAUGCAGAGCUUUGCACAGGCAGGGAAUCGAAUUCAGACUCAAAUGAUGCCAAUGUCAAGUGAACCACUCAAGAGUUUGAAAAGUCCCACAUCCAAGAUGAGAAACAGAUCUCAGCAUGAAGAAACAGAACCAACUAUUUUGUAUCAGAAAAGCCCAUCUGAGCAAAGGCAAGAUCUGAAAUUGAGGUCAUCUUGGGGGAAACUUGAAAACUUUAUACAACCCAUUGUUUGCUAUAGAUGUGUGCUGUGUUCUUAUAUACACACAACUGAGAAGAACUUAUUUGAGCACAUUGAAACUGAACAUCGAGAUGUGGUGGGUCCAGAGGAAGAAGUUGUAGAAAAUGGAAACAGUGAUUCCUACAAAUUCCUCUGCAGUGAAUGCAAUUCUAUGUUUCCCACUAUGAAAAGUUUGAAGAUGCAUUUUGUCACAAGCCAUGAAGGGUUGGGAUUCAACUUGGUCACCAUGCAACUGCCUCUCAAAGAUACCACUUCUGGUGAGGCACAGAGGCAGAGGAACCAGAGGGACUCAGGAAUGGCUAUGAAUGGCGAGUGCCAUCUAGUCCAGAUGUGUGACAAAGACAGUGAAGUUGAUCCCAUGGAUCAGAGUAAUCAUCAGGAAUGUGGAGGUAAUGAUAAAGAUGGUUCUUGUAUGUCGAGUGGAAAGGAUGGAUCUGGUUGUGGGGGGAAAGAAGAGGCCACUGAUUGUCUCAUGAUGCGUGAGAGAGGAUCGCGGGCAAGUGGUUCGAGUGAGGGGGAGAAGUCACUGCCAUUAACCUCUCUGUUAUCUCUCCCAGUUGUAACGCUUAGUCAGGAUGUACCUGAGCAUUCUCUUCAUGUUGGGUCUCAUUUCUUGGAGCCAAUGACCCUCCCAGCAGACUUGGAAACCCUUGAUUCGGAGUCCUUAUGGACAAGCAAUGACAUCGGGCUUGAUGUGGAGAAUUCUGCCUCAAGCCUGAGCAAGAGGAGAGGGCGGCCAAAGGGAUCAAAGAAUUUGGGCAUCACACAACUCCGUAAGAACAACCCUGACAUGCGGGAUGACAAGGCACUGGAAAAGGAAGUGGGCUUCAAAUGUGAUGUGAAUGGUUGUGCAAUUCGGAUUAAGUCUCGAGAGACACUUGACUAUCACAGAAGAUGCCACAGUGGUGAGGUGUUUGCAUGUCCAGAGUGCAAGGAACAUUUCAGUCACUGGCGGAAUCUCAGUGUUCAUCUCUGGAGAGCUCAUGUCAUUGACAUGGAGCUGUACUCAUGUGAUCAAUGCAACUACAAAACUUAUAGCCAAAGCAAGCUUAUGAAUCUGCACAAGAGAAUUCACAGCAGUGAGAGGCCUUAUCUCUGUGACACAUGUGGCAAGGGUUUCAAAACUAACAAGCAGUUAAGGAGUCACAAGACUGUGCAUCAAGACAAGAAGGUCUCAAAGAGGCUUUCCAGUCGUCAAUGUGAUCUCUGUCAGAGAGUGUUCUCUGACAAACGGAUGUUGAGAAUGCAUAGGGAGACAGUCCACAUGAAGAUCAGGCCUUUCUUAUGUAACUUCUGCGGCUACUCAGCUUCGUGCCGCAGCACCUUGAAGAUGCAUUUACGACAGCAUACAGGUGAGAAGCCAUUUGCCUGUGAUAUUUGUGAGUACAAAACUGGGGAUCAUAACUCCCUGAGGAGGCACAAAAUGCGACACGAUGGGGUAAAGCCGUACAAGUGCCCAUAUUGCUCCUAUGCAUGUAUCCAGUCAUCCACUUACAAGACACAUCUGAAAAACAAACACCCUGGUCAAGAUGAGGGACUGAUGUUCACUUGUGAUAUGUGCUCGUACCGGACAAUCAAGAGGGACACUUUCAUUACGCAUAUGGCUGAUCAUCGCCUGGGCAUCCUCCCAGUGAAGAAGCAGGAAAACUGCCAGACACCUAGCCAUUGUGAAUCUCCAGCCCUGGAGGAUGAAAGUGUUCACAGUGGACAAGUUUAUCAAGUCCUCACCACGCUUCCCCCACUGCCAGUUUCUUCAUCCUCGAGUGCAGAGGUGGUCUCAACAUCAAUGCUUCCCAUGCUGACAGCUUUCCAGAGUGCUGUUGAUAGCCAGUCCCUGCACUCUGAGGAGUUCAGGAGUGAAAGUGAUUCCAGUGAACGUUACCCAGUCCUUUCAUCUCAGCUGAAAGUCUCAGACAGAAGUGAAGCUGUCAGUCUUCAUGAUCACAUGGUUCCAGUCCUCAAUAAUGGAGUGCAUCCAAUCCCUGUGGAUCGUGCUGAUAUUGGGAAUCUCCCAUCCUUGCCAGAGGUCUUACAGACCGUGAAUGUGAGUGACAUAUCCAGUGGAUUAACUCCUCACUCUCACCAAGAGACUAGUAGUGCUUCCUCUGACGAAUCAGACCAAAGACUCAAGGAAGAAUCUUCCAGUCAGGAUAUGAAGCGGGCAUCAUAGUUUGAGGGCAGCUUCUUCCCCCCCACCACCCACCCACCCCCAUCUCAGAUUGUCAGAUGGAAGAUGUCUCUUUCCAAUGUGGUGAUGGUUCCAAGG